AUGGGAACGCCGGCGAAUGAACCGGCAAACGAAAUAGCGAAUGAACCGGCCAAUGAACGCGAUGACACCAUUGCGGUAACUGCCGAAGAACCGGGACCCGAAACAGAAGAUAUGAAUGGGGAUGGGGACGCUGAACGGCAAACUGCCCAGCACGCCCAAACUCAAGCAAGCUGCACAGGAUGCGAGCUAAACGCAAGGGAGAUAGAGUCCCUGAAAGUGAUGAUCAGGGAUCUCUUGAAGGCGCUUGCGGCAACGCAAAACGUCAAUCCCCAGCAGCAGCCAAAACAACAACAACAACAGGAGCAUCAGCAGCUGCAGCAGCACCAAGAACAACAGCAGCAGCAGCAGCAACAUCCGCAACAACGCAAGUCGCGGAACCGGAGGGAGCGGCGGCGGCUGCACCAGCAGCAGCAGCAGCAGCAGCAGCAGCAAGUGCAACAACAGCCACAACGACAGCAACCGCACCAAUCGGGGCAGCAGCAGCAGGGGCCAGUCCCCCGGCAACCGCGGCAAACGCAACAGCAGCGGCAAGAACAGGGACAAGGGCAGCAGCAGCAGCACGGGCAAGAGCAACAGCCGCAGGAGCCAACGAUGCGGAAGUAGCAGCGGCAGCAGAAACAGCAG